ACACUUGUCAUUGUACGAAUUGCUAGAAAGUAUAAAUAACAUACACGUAAAAGAUUUUACUCCUCUUCUAAUGGUCGUAACUAGUUGUAUGUAUAAAAGCGACUUCAAACGGAGGAAAUGGAGAUGUGGAAUCAUGACAACCACUUGAGGUGGAGUUUGGGGGCGAAAGGUAGUUUAAUAAUAACAAAAUAAUCGUUUUCCAGUAAAAUAUCUGCAUAUGAUUUUUAUGAUAUUAUAAUUUUACGCUAGAAUAUUUUUUUAAUUAAGUUAGCCAACAAAAACUUAAACUAUAAAGUUACUUUAACGAAGGAAACAUAAAAUGGAGCAAGAAAAAAAAUGAAAAUAUCGUUUAUGUCGUUCUAUUUGCACUUCAAACUAAACACGAAAAAAGUAUCGAUCUUACAAAACUAAACACUCACCUGUUCCACAUCAAUCACACUAAUAAUCUAGACUUUAAGUAGCCACAAGUUUUAUGUACCUAAUAUGAUUGGGUUCUUGAAGUCAACUAAACCGAAUAUUUAUAUGUAGAAUGAUCUAUCCACUUACUUUAAAGAUAAGGAAUUCAUGUAUAUGAAGUCAUUAUAAUAAAUCUAAAAUUAAUAACAAAUAUAGAAAAGAGAAACGAAAGGGAGAAAGCAGAGAACACUGAAAAAUUCGAAUAUCUAUAUAUAUACAAUGAACCUCACCACUUGGUUCUUAAAAAAAACACAUAUUCUCUAAGUGUUUAUCUUCUCCCUAUUCCUAACUCAUUUCUCUUAUAUACAAACACAAAUCUUUGACAUCUUUGUCAUCCUCAAAGAUCAUAAAUAUCCCCAAAUUUUGUUUAAUUUUUCUUGUCUUAAAAUCUUAAAAAGCAAAUUAAGAUGGGAUUAAGGAUGUCAGAAUCAGCUAAACCUUACUUUGCAAUGGUUUGCCUUCAGUUCGGAUACGCCGGUAUGAACCUGGUCACUAAAGCCGUCCUUGACCGCGGUAUGAGCCAUUACGUUCUUGUUUCAUAUCGCAACGCUUUUGCCACUGCCGCGAUUGCACCUUUUGCAUUUCUCUCCGAAAGGAAAGUGAGGUCAAAGAUAACGUUUCCAAUAUUCAUGCACAUAUUUGUUCUUGCUCUUCUUGGACCUGUAAUUGAUCAAAAUCUAUAUUACAUCGGUCUGAAACUCACAUCUCCGACGUUUUCAUCGGCCGUCAGCAACAUCGUGCCGGCAAUUACCUUUAUCCUCGCCACUCUUUUCAGGAUGGAGAAAGUGGAGAUGAGAAAAGCAAGAUGUCAAGUGAAAGUGGUGGGGACUUUAGUAACAUUGGUUGGAUCCAUAUUGGUGAUAUUAUACAAAGGUCCUUUCAUCAAUUUCUUCCGAUCUCACCUCAGUACCACCACUUCUUCGCCGUUGGCCGGUAAUUAUCUUAAAGCCACCGCCUUCCUCCUUGUCGCCUCCCUCUCAUGGGCUUCGUUCUUCAUUCUUCAGGCAUCGACUUUGAAGAAAUACUCAGCCCAUCUCUCGUUAUCAACCAUGGUGUGUUUCAUGGGAACGUUACAAUCUUUAGCCCUUACCUUCGUAAUGGAACACAAUCCUUCUGCUUUGAGCAUAGGUCUUGACAUGAACCUUCUCGCUUCUGCCUACGCGGGAAUAAUGUCGUCCAGCAUCGCUUACUAUGUUCAAGGACUUAUGAUGCAACGAAAAGGGCCUGUCUUUGUCACUGCUUUUAACCCUCUAGUCUUUGUAAUUGUCUCCAUAAUGAGCUUCUUCGUUCUCGAGCAAGGAAUCUACCUUGGAGGGGUUCUUGGAGUUGUUGUUUUGACGGUAGGGGUCUAUGCUGUGUUAUGGGGAAAGCACGUAGAUGAUAUCAGUGAGGAACUAUACCGUGAAGAUAACACUGUUUUAGAAGCCGUUAAGUGUUGUAGUAGAAAUUCUGGUCUCUCAAUAAUGCCAAAAAUCAAAGAACCUGAUGAGGAUGUUGAAACCGGGAAAUUUCAGGCAACGGAGAAGGAAUCAUCGUUGGCAGUUAUGGUUUUUUGUAGUGAAAAUGUGAAUAAUGAUUCACGAUUCUAACUAGAUGGUUUUUGUUUGAGGCAAAAUUGGGGAAAAGUAUAACUUCUUUUUGAUACUUAGUUUAAAUUUCAUCCCCUGCUUCAAAAUUUCUAUUUAUAGUUUUGACUCUCUAGAGUAACCAAGGAUUAAUGUACCAUCCAUUUUGAUCUUUAACUAGCUAUAAGCAUAUAUGUAAAUCACUGCAUUUGGUAUUCAUAUCCAACUGCUACAUACCCAUUAUAUUGUAGAUUUAAUGAAAAUACAUAUAAAGAUUGUAUUUCCUCGUUUUCCA